AUGGCCGGCAGGAGGCACGUGAUCAGGAGUAGGCACUCAGUGAUUUUGUUGCUGUUCUGCAGCUCGGAGCUCUUCUCCACUGUUUCUGAGCGUUCUGGAGGAGUUUGGUGGAGGUAUUUUGUGGAGGUGUGUGAGGGUGUGAGGGAGUUUGUGUGAUGGAGCGCUGGAAGGGCAGGGUAGCUCUGGUCUCUGGAGCCUCGGUGGGGAUCGGAGCUGCUGUAGUGAAGGAGCUCGUUCAGCACGGUAUGAAGGUGGUGGGCUGCGCCAGGAGCGUGGACAAGAUAGAGAAACUGGCAGCAGAAUGCGCUCGAUCCGGAUUCAGCGGAACUCUGAUUCCAUACAAGUGUGAUCUGUCUGUGGAGGAGGAGAUUAUAAACAUGUUCUCUGCAAUCAAAUCCUCACACCAGGGCGUCGAUGUGUUAAUCAAUAAUGCUGGAUUAGCUCUACCAGAACCUUUACUGACUGGAAGAACCAGCAGCUGGAGAACCAUGAUUGAUGUGAACGUAAUAGCGCUGUCGAUCUGCACUCGUGAAGCAUAUCAGUCCAUGAAAGAGAGAAAUGUGGAUGAUGGACACAUCAUUAACAUAAACAGCAUGAGUGGACACCGGGUGGUGCAAAGUGCUGAUGUACACUUCUACAGUUCCACCAAGUACGCUGUGACCGCUCUCACUGAGGGCCUCCGACAGGAACUGAGGGACGCCAAGAGCCACAUACGAGCUACAUGUAUUUCUCCUGGUCUAGUGGAAACAGAAUUCGCUUAUCGGCUCUACAGUGAAAACCCAGAGAAAGCUGCAGCUACUUACGGAAGUAUAAAGUGUCUUCAGGCUGGUGAUGUUGCCAGUGCUGUGGUUUAUGCUCUGAGUUCUCCUCCACACGUUCAGAUUGGAGAUAUACAGAUGAGGGCUGUGGAACAGGUGUCUUAAUGAACAGAGAGACUCUGUGUAUUAAACAGUGUCUAAACUACCAGAUGACUGAAAGACUGAAGAUCUGAACCUGGAACUAUUGAAGAACUCUAGCAGUGGUGAACUUUGAGUGAAAAAUUAAAACAGGAAACCUACUGUGAAACAUUGGGCUGUUGAUUUUUAAGGGGGUGUGGCUAAAACUGAAGAUAUCAAACUUUACACCAGACCUUCAGCUGCCUCUCCACUCUUCCUCCAGACUCUGAAGCUCGAUUUCCAAAUGAAAUGCAAAAGGUUUUCAUUAGCUGCAAUCCAUUAUAAUCAACAUUAAAAUAAAUAAACACUCGAAAUAGA